UCAGUUGGACCCUUGAUUAGACACUUUAUAAGGAUUUGACAUAAGGUCUUUUAUUUUUCCAAUUUUUAAAAAAAGUAAUUAUUUUUGAAACUUUUUAUUAGAAUAUGUGUAUAUGUAUAUAUAUAUUCUUUAGAAGAAACCAGCUGUGAUAAGUGGAACCCUGUUCAUACUUAUGCAUAUAAUAUAUACAAAAAAUAUAUGCACUAGUAUACUAUUUGAGAAGUAAACUUUUUAGUUAAUAACUUGUGUGGAUGAGUUUUAUCCAUUUGAUUGGAUUUGGCUUAAAAGUGGGACAUCUUGUAUUGAUGCUAUGUUGCUCUUUUGUAUCAAUGAUCUCAAUCAAGAAUUCAUUCAUUAUUAAUAAUACAACAUCAACAACAACAACACAAAUGAAGCCUUCUAAUAAUGGAAGGUUGUUUUGGUUGAGAUUUGUUGACAUUUUUCAUGGGAAUAUAUUAAAGAUCCAUCAUCAUUUAUACCAACAAAUUGGUUCAAGGAAAGUUAUUAAGAAAACAUGGUGGAGGAAGCUAUUGAUAUUGUGGUUUGCAUUUGGUACAAUAGUUGGUUUGUGUUUUUUUUGGUAUCUGAGAUCUCAAGCUAUUGAAAAAAGGAAAGAAACAUUAGCAAAUAUGUGUGAUGAAAGAGCUAGAAUGCUUCAAGAUCAGUUUAAUGUUAGUAUGAAUCAUGUUCAAGCUAUGUCUAUUUUGAUCUCAACUUUUCACCAUGGUAAAAAUCCUUCUGCUAUUGAUCAGGAGACGUUUGCCAAGUACACUGAAAGAACUGCGUUUGAGAGGCCAUUAACAAGUGGGGUGGCAUAUGCAGUACGGGUACUUCAUUCAGAAAGAGAGCAAUUUGAGAAACAACAAGGAUGGACCAUAAAGAAGAUGACCCCAGAUAAAGAUGAUUAUAACCCGGAAGAAUUGGAACCGUCACCAAUUCAAGAAGAAUAUGCCCCUGUUAUCUUUGCACAAGACACCGUUGCUCAUGUUAUUUCUCUUGAUAUGUUGACCGGAAAGGAAGAUCGUGAAAACGUGUUGCGUGCAAGGGAAUUAGGAAAGGGGGUUCUCACAGCCCCUUUGGAUCUUCUCAAGUCAAACCGACUUGGAGUGAUUUUGACUUUUGCUGUUUAUAAGCGAGAUUUACCCUCUAAUGCCACACCAGAGGAAAGAAUUGAAGCAACCGACGGGUAUCUUGGUGGAGUGUUUGAUAUUGAAUCUUUGGUAGAGAAGCUACUUCAGCAGCUUGCAAGCAAGCAAACCAUUUAUGUGAACGUUUUUGACACAACUAAUAUAUCGAACCCUAUUAGUAUGUAUGGAACCGAUGUGUUGGACACUGGUUUGCAGCAUGUUAGCCUUCUUAACUUUGGUGAUCCGUCAAGAAAGCAUGAGAUGCGUUGCAGAUUCACACAAAAACAGCCAUGGCAUAUCUUGGCAAUAUCAACUUGUUUUGGUAUUCUUGUGAUUACUUUGCUUGUUGGGCAGAUCUUUCAUGCAACAGUGAACAGAAUAGCCAAAGUUGAAGAUGAUUAUGAACAGAUGUCAGAACUCAAAUUACGUGCAGAGGCUGCUGACGUGGCAAAGUCUCAGUUCCUCGCCACUGUUUCUCAUGAAAUUAGAACCCCAAUGAAUGGUGUUCUUGGGAUGCUGGAUAUGCUUAUGGACACUAUUCUCGAUGUAACACAACAAGAUUAUGUUAGAACAGCUCAAGCUAGCGGUAAAGCUCUUGUUUCGCUUAUAAAUGCGGUUCUUGAUCAAGCUAAAAUUGAAUCUGGAAAACUUGAGCUUGAGGCGGUUCGGUUCAAUUUAAGGGCUAUUUUGGAUGAUGUAUUGUCAUUAUUUUCUGGAAAGUCACAAGAAAAAGGUGUCGAGUUGGCGGUCUACAUAUCCGAGAAUGUCCCAGAAAUUUUAAUAGGUGAUCCAGGGCGAUUUCGUCAAAUAAUUACAAACCUCAUGGGCAACUCCAUUAAGUUCACCGAGAAAGGUCACAUCUUUGUAACGGUGCACCUUCUUGAGGAAGUUAUGGAGUCAAUAGGCGUAGAAACCGAACCAUCCUCAACAGACACAUUGAGUGGGCUUCGUGUAGCUGAUAGAAACCUAAGUUGGGAAAGGUUUGAAACUGUGGGUCAAGUAGUGGGCCCAUCUGAUUCUGUAACUCUGAUUAUUUCAGUGGAGGAUACGGGUUGUGGUAUUCCCUACGAAGCACAAUCUAGAAUAUUUACGCCAUUUAUGCAAGUGGGUCCUUCCAUUUCUCGUAUACAUGGAGGAACAGGUAUUGGUCUAAGCAUCAGCAAACGAUUAGUCAAUCUGAUGAAUGGUGAGAUUGGGUUCCAUAGUGUCCCUCAAAUCGGGUCAACUUUCACUUUCACUGCCGUUUUUUCAAAUCCAAAUGAGCAGCGAAUCAACAGUCAGUCAAAGCCAGAGUCAUACAACAUGCAAGCAAUCAUUGUUGACCCAAGACCUGUACGCGCCAAGGUGUCAAGAUAUUACAUCCAACGGCUAGGAAUGAAUGUCGAAAUCGUCCCGAGUUUGACCAACACAUAUUCUAUGUUGACCAACGGAAGUAAAACCAUCCAUGUGAUUCUAAUCGAAGAGGAAGUUUGGGAUAAAGAUUUAAACGCCUCGGCGGUUUUCGCUUAUAAAUUGAGAACUUUAGAUUACAAGAUUCCUCCGAAGAUGUUUCUUUUAACAAAUUCAAUUGGUGGGUCCCAUCAAAUCAAUGGCUUCUCUUCGCCACCUGUCAUAACAAAACCGUUAAGAGUAAGCAUGUUGGCGGCCUCUUUACAACGUGCAAUGGGGGGAAUCAAGAAUAGUUCUAGAAAUGGGGAGAUCCCGAAACUUUCUUUAUCAAAGUUAUUGGCCGGCAGGAAAAUAUUAGUGGUGGAUGAUAACAAUGUGAACCUUCGAGUGGCUGCCGGUGCUCUAAAGAAAUAUGGAGCAGAUGUGGUGUGUGCCGAUAGUGGAAGGAAGGCUAUUUCACUGUUGAAACCACCUCACUCCUUUGACGCUUGCUUUAUGGAUAUCCAAAUGCCAGAAAUGGAUGGGUUUGAAGCAACAAGAACGAUUCGUGAUAUCGAAUCCAACAUGAAUAUUUCAAACUGGCAUGUCCCAAUUUUGGCUAUGACUGCUGAUGUUAUUCAAGCUACACAUGAACAAUGUCUUAAAUCUGGAAUGGAUGGCUAUGUAUCUAAACCGUUCGAAGCUAAUCAACUUUAUCAAGAAGUUUCUCGUUUUUUCCGAUGAAGCCUUUGAACCUCAAUCCUACAAAACUAACCAUGUGUGCCUGUUUUUUGAGGCGUUUUGUUAACGGGGUUCAAAAUAUUCAAAAGGGAAACAAGUCAUGGCGACGAUAUAAUGUACAUAUGAAUGUCAUUUAUUGGUGGAGGUUUGUUCAUUUUGUAGAGCGAGUUAGAUACAGAAACCAAUUCAUUUUCCUCCAUGUAGUUUUUUAUCUCUAUUUCCAUGUCAUCAGUAGAUGGAAGGAACUCGACAGUAGACUUUUUGUGGUCGAUUAUCGCCUUCUUUUCGGUUUCUGCUCCUAUCUCAGGAGAAGUUGUAGCAUUUGAAUUAGUUGAUGGCAUCCCCACAAGCGGGCGAAAGAAUGUGAUCUGGUAUAUAUCUUUGUAACUUCAAAAUAAAUACAGUUACAUGUAUGUAGUAAUAUAUAUAUAUAUAUAUAUACACACAAAUAGAGUACAAUUUUCAGGUUGAAGGUGGUUUUAGAAACCAAAUCUUUAUUUCAUACACUCGGGUAGAUUUAUGUAUAUAGAUAUAUGUGAGCUCACUUUUGACUACGUCUGGUCGUCGUCUUGUAAAUAAUAUUGUUUAUGUUGUA